UUUCCUCCUUCCCAUUUCAGCGAAUUGCACCAGGUUUUGUCAACAACUACAUUCAAAAAGGCUAAGAUGUCUCAGUUCAAAAAGCGAAUUCAUCUUUUCAACUGUGAUAACACAUACAAGCUAGAGCCUGUUGAAAAAUUGCUGGAGAAAUGUGGCAUCCAUGUUGAGCGUGUUGAGAAGCACUACUUCAGACUUCCUAAAAUGUAUGAAAUGGUAGACAUAAUUCCCACCUUAGAGAUGGAUAUGGCCUUUUUCGUGGUUCAUGCACAUGAAUGUGUACUCUCGAUAAACGAGGACGGCGCGGGAUUUGGCUACGCCAAAAUAUACCGGGCUUUAUUACAAGCAACGGGUGGAGAUGUCAUCAUCGUUAUCGGGGGAGAUGACAAAUACAAGGGCGAAGACGAAGAGGAACGUGAAGUUAUUUCACGUUGGGCGAAAAGGAAAGUCGUCUCACAGUUUGGCAAAGAGUAUCUUGAUGGCAGAAAGAGCUUUAUCUUCUCUUGGAACAAACAACAUCGAGCCGUUCACGAACAAGCUUUAUUGCAUCACUUUGACCUAAACAAGAAAGGACUAAAGUUUGAAUAUCGGCCGCCUACUCCAAACCAACAAUCAAACUCAGAACCUCAAUUGCAGGAAACAUUUACAGAAUUAGAAAAUCCAUACACAUCCAAGAGUUACUCACAGAACGGUAAAGACACCUCUUUACUGACGGUUGAUAAACAAGAAAGUCCGACUGAUUCACACUCUAGUGGCGUUAGCAGUGCCGCGGGCGGCAGCAGAGACUUGGUGGGAAUGGAACCUUCUUUCAGUAAUCAAGGGGACAAUUAUUUACAAACUAAAUAUUCAGAAUUAAAAAGCUGUCAUGGGGAGAGUUCCCAAAAUACCCCGCAGCCUGUUCUGGCGACACAACUCCCUGGAAACCCUCCUCCCGUUGUUGUGCUGAGAAGUAUUGCUCGUUAUGGAAGGAUAUCUAAUCAAUUAGGUGACCUUCAAGUUUGGGACCCUGAAUUUAAAAUUCCAGAUGACAUUCAAGAUAAGUUGCUUACUAAACACUGUCAUACCCCUGAGACUGGAGUACGAAUUAUUAGGUAUAGUGAUGGCACACUUGAGUGUCAUAAUUAUCAAAAUCUAACAAAGUUUUUUCUGAAUGAAGAUAUAGAGCUUGCUAAAGAUGAAUUUCUCGUAAUGAAAACUCGUAUCCGCCACGGAAAGGUGUCUUUUGAAGACGUUGAUGUACAGUUUAAGUUUGGAAAUGUUCAUAUUCCUCAAGACAUUAUCUAUGGUUUCACAGGAAAAGAUAGUGCUUACGUGUACAUUAUUUCAGGAACCGCAAAGAAAUUUCGACUUAUAGUGAAAAGGGAGGGUGCUUCUAUAAGAGUAAGAGGGUUUAUGAAUAGAGAGUUUCAUUUUUUGUCUCGUUUUCUUCAAAACUCUUAGCACCGGAGAAAAUGCAUUUUAUGUUUGUAAGUUAGAGCGAGUUGGAGUGUCUGUGAGACGAAAUACUUUUUGCGUACUUAUAUAGCCUAUCAUGUAUACAAUCCAUUGAGGAAAAAUUUUAAAAAAUUACAACUCGUUUUUUUCUGGUCCAAAGGUGUUCUUAUUUUGCCUAAAGUGGUUCCAUAGACUGGUGAAGAGUUAGUGAGUGAUGACGUAGAAAGCUGUGAAAACUUUCGAUUCUCUUGUAAUUUUGUAUUAGUUUAUUUAUUAAUUAGCGGUGUAUACCUACUUUCAGUAAGCUCCGCCGAGGGUUGUG